CUUUACAAGUUUUCCCUAGAAUUUAUUGAGAACCAUUGGACUUUUGCAUUCGAUCAAAUCAUAAUCGAAUAGUGAAAUUACUUUGAGAGGAAAAUGGGGAAACAGCCGGUGAAGAUGAGGGCGGUGGUAUACGCUUUGUCGCCGUUUCAACAGAAGAUUAUGAGUGGGCUGUGGAAGGAUCUGCCGGGCAAGAUCUCUCACAAGGUUUCCGAGAAUUGGAUCAGCGCUACUCUUCUCCUUACUCCUCUCGUUGGAACCUACGCAUAUGUCCAGAACUUCAAAGAAAAGGAGAAAUUGGAACACAGGUAUUAAAAACCUCAGGAAGCAUCCCUUUUAUCGGAGUAACUCUGAGCUUUUAUGUUUUAGAUGCAAAUUUAUUGUGGUUCGAUCCAAUGAUGAAUCAUGUUUUUUGUUUGGGAUCUGAUUAGUAUCUUACCGUUUGAGUUGGUGUUUUGUUAUUCAUAUGGAAUAAAUGAAUUUGGAACAGUGUCUCCAUUUUCGGUAAAAUAAAUUUGUUGAUUCGCCCUUUCAA